AUGAUUGCUGGUAUUUUACUUGUAGAUGGAUUAUAAGGAACUGUAAGUGGAGCAUUAACUGGAAUGAUAAAGUAGAUUUAGUUUAGGUAUGAGAUUAUAAAUAUUUUAGUAUUAAAAUAUAUUUGCAUAUAUAGUUUGUUGUGUUCCUAUUGACUUCUUUUCACGAGUAUGAUUGGGGAUUUGGAAAUGAUACUAAAAGAAUUUGGUAAGGAUUGGGUCUAUCAAACUUAAUAUUGACAUCACUUUUUAUAUUGAGUCUAAUUUUACAGAUUGCACAUUAUCAUGUUCCUUGA